UCAUGACAGCCAGUGGGGAACCAUGUGAAGCGUUGGAAUCAGCUAUACCGGGAAUCGUGCAUCACGUUUCAGCCGACUACACUGCGAAAAGAAAAGUCGCUGGCUCGGAUGUGAUUUUGCUCAUGGGGCAGUCGAACAUGAGCGGUCGAGGACAAGGCUACGACGCAAACAUCGACGGCCCAAACGACCCUCGCAUCCAGCAGUGGUCGCGGGCCAACACGGUCAUCACGGCGUCGGAGCAUCUCCAGCACGCCGACUUCGCUAUCGUCGAGGAAACAAGGGUGGGCAUGGGCACCGCCUUCGGACGCGCCUACGUCGAAACCCUGCCGGCGAAACGCAACGUGCUGCUCGUGUCCACCGGUUACGGGGGCACCCGGCUGGUGAACGGUCCCUGGUCGCCGGGAGGGAGAUUGUUCGAAGAUGCCGUGAGGCGUACGGAAGCCGCGCUCGCAAGCAACGGGGCGACCGGGAACUGCGUCGCGGCCGUCUUAUGGCACCAGGGAGAAUCGGAUGCAAUCGCAGGGGUAGACCAAGAGACGUACCAAUUCACCUGGACGGACAUGAUCAACACGCUGAGGUCUCGCAUCCCGGCGGCGGCUGAAGCCCCGGUGAUCUUGGGCGAGUUCACGCCUGCCUGGAUCGCAGGGAACCGAGCGCUUUCGGAGCCAAUUCUCUCGGCGAUUCGAGCCAUCCCUGACAGCGUUCCGUUCACGGUUGUAGCGCCCUCUGACGGUCUAUCAUCCAACUUCGGUGAUCCCGUACACUUCACCGCGGCGGCUCAGCGCGAGUACGGGCAGCGGUACUUUGACAAGCUUGGCGACGCCGUCAGAAACAGCCAAUGAGGUCACGAGACGGCUUCCUUCCGCGCACGGUCGCUUACGGUGCGAAGCACAGCGCGUACAUCAGGGGACAGGGGGAGAAGGGACAAGGAUGAACGACGCAACGAACUACCAUGGAUAGUUUGUCGUUGCCGGAAGGACUUCGAGGCCUUACGUAGCAGUGUUCGGCAUUGAACCACUACUGUAGGUCAUAUGCUGUAUUUCUCAUCCAAAAUAGCUACGCGCUUCGUUGAAUUUUUUCGGGAGGUGACCCCCCCGGGAUCAAUGCGCAUACGAAGAUUGGCGACGAUUGAUAUAAGUGUACUGCGAAGGACGCACGUUUGCGCAGGUGAACCGCAACACUACGGGAUAUGCCGCAACUUUAUUCGACAGAUUGACAAGUUACGUGACAUUUAUGUUUGAGCAGAGCCACUCCUCCUGUGGUUGUUGCUAGCUGCGACUCUAGCUGACGACCUGCUGAACCUCGUGUAAUUAUUGUAGUCUAGCUCUGUUUGAUAUUUGUUGCAAGAAGAAGACUUUUUCUUGUGUUAUGGGACGGGUGUUCGGUUUCUUGUUGUGAGGGAUUUGUAACAGCAUGCCUUCCAUCUUCAUCAUCAGCAUGGUUUCAUGACGGCGCUGAUCGAGUAUUUAAACAUAACCGUGUGUGGAUGGGCAAGGCAUUGUUUGGAGUAGGGACAUAGUACAGUCCCCGUGAUUUUCGGGCCCAGAUUUGGCUAUUGGCAGAGCGAAAAGAAACGGGACCAGAGGUAACGGCAUAGUCUAGGGCUCCGAUAUUUAGGGUGGUGCUCAAGGUACUCGUACCUUGCUGAAGAAUCGACGGGCGAAGUAAAUGCG